GUGCACUUACGGAAACCACGUGUUGAUAAAUAAAAAGCCAUGGAGCUGGAAAGUGGAAAAGUGACUUUUCAGUUGCCAGAGAACGUCGAAGAUGAGAAAGAAUCCUGCUAUGUGGUCAAUUUCUCCAAUGGCCAAUUGCGUCCAUCGGCUCAAAGUAAGCCAAAGUUCACACUUUACCAGAAGGCUAAAGAUCACAGCCGCAAGAAGCGUCUUGUUGUUGCUGAAACAGAUCACAUGACAUACAUUGGUACUAACUACGACCCUGACACAUCAAUAGGAGGACCGAGUGGAACAAAAUAUUGCAUUGGAGAGUUUGACAGAGAGAAAAGAACAAUCACUCUUCACAAGACCGAGUUGAUUACCCUAAAACCUUUCAUUCCCGGUAAAACAGAUGCAAGUGAAGAGGUGAGUAAUGAAGCCACUCCUCCACGGUCCAAGGUGUCUCUGGAUCAUGUAGUGAGCACGUUUGGAAGUGAGAAGCAGAAGAAGAGAUACUCAGCAGCAAAACGGAACAGACUGGAGACUGACGCCUUAGAAACGGCCCUAGCUACGGCCGUAGCUCAUGUGCAGAAUGAAGCAGACAAGGAAGAGGCUGCUCCCCUACAAAGCUCUGGUAUCAUGCCACUUCACAAUCCUCUGGCAGAGAGACCACAAGAUGUGUACAAUCUGGAGGACAUCCUCUCUCUGACUACACUACAUUCUCUCAAGAAAGCAGCGCAUUUUCUCAAGGGAGCCACCCAAUCUGAGAUUGAUUUCUGGAGAGAAGAGAAAAGAUAUCCAGAGUAUGUUCUCGAGCACAUCAGCUCUCUCCCGACUACGGAGCCACAGAGCAGUUUGAAGGCAGCCAUUCUCCUUGGUCUUGCUUGCCUCAUGAAGCUACACAACACCACUGUCAGGGCAUUCCAGAAAACAGGACUGGAAUUGAAAGGAGUUGAACUACCUGACAAUGUAAGAGAAGAGCUUCUGGAGAAGUUCACAGAGAGACAACAAACUCGUGGGAGAAAGUUUAUCCAGUCCCUGUCUGCCAGAAUGAAGGACAAGAUUCGUUUGCACCUGUUUGUACUGGCUCUCAUACUCGAUGACUUCACAGUCCAGUGCUUGUCUCUGCAGCAGGACCUCACGUUGUCCUGUGCACGGAUAAUGGACCAUUUUAAAGCUCUCGGGUGUGCAGUCAGUAAAAGAGCUACCAAACGGAAGUCCCCCUCAGAAGAAGAGCAGUCGGAACUACAGGCUGUCAACACAUGUACAGCUGUGCUUAAAAUACCUCUGAACUUUCCAAAGCCGAGAAGCCAAAAAAAAGCAAAAAAAGUAACUUUUUGAGCGUUGUUUUGUAAUUUCUGUGACUCGUUUGACUUUUUUGUGGUGUGAAUUUUGAUUCUAAAAUGCUGUGAAGAAUUUCUUAAUUCCUUUC